ACACACACACACACACACACACACACACACACACACACUCUCACACGCCCAUUGGCAGACAAGGCCACACCUCACGGCUCCGGGGGAAGCCACAGACCUCAGCUGUCCAGGCUGAGCCCGGCCGGGAGGAACUUUCCGCGGGACUGAGGACAAACAGCGCCCAGACAGACCGCCUGCCUGCGAGCCUGCGCCCCGGGAGAGCGCUGGCGGCCGCGGGUCCCGGGUGCGCCCCCGGCGGGAGGGUCCGGGGCAGCGGAGGUCGGUGCCGGCGUGCGCGCACCCCGAGCCCCGCGCACCCCCAGCCCCGCCAGCCGCACCUCGGGCUGGGCGCUCGCAGCAGCAGGUCCCCCGCCGCCCGCCCGGAACAUGGCUGCGCGCCCCGCCGCCGGCCUCGCCUGCGCGCUGCUGCUCCUCUCCGCGGCUCUGCUCCGCGGCGGCUGCCGGGCGCGCUUCGCCGCCGAGGCGGACUCGGAGGACGACGAGGACCAGGAGGCGAGGGUUUUCCCCGAGUCGCCGCUGCAGAGACCCACGGUGCUGGUGGCCCUGCUGGCCCGCAACGCGGCGCGCGCGCUGCCCCUCUUCCUGGGCUGCCUGGAGCGGCUGGACUACCCCAAGAGCAGGAUGGCCAUCUGGGUGGCCACUGACCACAAUGUGGAUAACACAACAGAAAUCCUCAGGGAGUGGCUGAAAAAUGUCCAGAGGCUCUAUCACUACGUGGAAUGGAGGCCCAUGGGUGAGCCUGAGUCUUAUCCUGAUGAAAUUGGUCCAAAGCACUGGCCUGCCUCCCGGUUUGCCCACGUGAUGAAACUACGACAGGCAGCUCUUCGAACUGCGAGGGAAAAAUGGUCAGACUACAUUCUGUUCAUAGAUGUGGACAACUUCCUGACUAACCCACAGACCCUCAGUCUACUGAUUGCCGAGAACAAAACCAUCGUGGCCCCUAUGCUGGAGUCUCGGGGCCUGUACUCUAAUUUCUGGUGCGGAAUCACACCUCAGGGCUUCUAUAAACGGACCCCGGACUACCUUCAGAUCAGAGAAUGGAAGAGACUGGGUUGCUUUCCCGUCCCCAUGGUCCACUCCACACUCCUGAUCGACCUCAGGAAGGAAGCUGCUGACAGGCUGAUGUUCUAUCCCCCGCACCAGGACUACACCUGGACCUUUGAUGACAUCAUAGUCUUUGCCUUCUCCAGCAGGCAAGCAGGCAUCCAGAUGUACCUCUGCAACAGAGAGCACUACGGCUACCUGCCCAUCCCCCUGAAGCCCCAUCAGACCCUGCAGGACGACGUUGAGACCCUCAUCCAUGUGCAGAUAGAAGCAAUGAUUGACCGUCCUCCAAUGGAACCCUCCCAGUUUGUCUCAGUUGUCCCUAAAUACCCAGACAAGAUGGGAUUUGAUGAGAUUUUCAUGAUAAAUCUCAAACGCAGGAAGGACCGGCGGGACCGGAUGCUACGCACCCUGUAUGAGCAGGAGAUUGAGGUCAAGAUCGUGGAGGCUGUGGAUGGAAAGGCGCUCAACACCAGCCAGCUGAAGGCCCUGAACAUUGACAUGCUGCCUGGGUAUCGAGACCCCUACUCCUCCAGGCCUCUGACCAGGGGUGAAAUUGGCUGCUUCCUUAGCCACUACUCUGUCUGGAAAGAGGUAAUUGACCGAGAGCUGGCGAAGACUCUUGUUAUUGAGGAUGACGUGCGUUUUGAACAUCAGUUUAAGAAGAAGCUGAUGAAGCUGAUGGAUGACAUUGACCAGGCUCAGCUGGAUUGGGAACUGAUUUAUAUAGGUAGGAAGAGGAUGCAAGUAAAAGAGCCAGAGAAGGCGGUGCCCAACGUGGUCAACCUGGUCGAAGCCGACUACUCCUACUGGACGCUGGGCUAUGCCCUCUCUCUGGAAGGAGCACACAAGCUGGUGGGAGCUGAUCCAUUUGGGAAGAUGCUGCCAGUAGACGAGUUCCUGCCAAUCAUGUACAACAAGCAUCCUGUAGCGGAGUACAAAGAGCAUUACAAAUCCAGGAACUUGAAAGCCUUCUCCGCAGAGCCCUUGCUCAUCUACCCUACACACUAUACAGGCCAGCCGGGGUACCUGAGUGACACGGAGACCUCGACCAUCUGGGACAACGAGACAGUGGCCACUGACUGGGACAGGACACAUUCCUGGAAGUCCCAGAAGCAAGGCCACAUCCACCACAACGCCAAGAACACAGAGGCCCUGCCACCGCCAACCUCCCUGGACACCGUGCCUUCGAGGGACGAGCUAUGAAGGCUCUACCCGGCGUCCACCACCCUUUGGUUUCUCUAACGGGCUGUCCAUCUGUUUGCUCCGGCUUCUUCCUAUGGUCCCAGUCAUCAAACCAAAGUGAUUGAUCAGAAUCAAUAUAUUUUUGAGAGGGGAGGAGAAAUAAGAAAAUUAAAACCCAAAUUUCCUAAGAUGGCUAGAAGAUAGGCUUUAUUGCACCCAUUAAGAUAAACUUUAAUGUAGACACCUGGUCCUUUAGUUCAUUACCCAAUGAUGCUGGUUGUCACAUUAAGGUUGAAAAGUAUGGCUCAGAGACUCCUCCAAGAGGAAGUCACAUCAGUGAAUGGGUGAGCAACCUUGCCAUGCCCACUGAGGCCACGUCUAUUGGUCUAGUGAGCCCACUUCAUGUCAUAGAUGUGGCCUUAAAAAACUUGUAUAGGUAACAAGUUUGUGGGGAGAAAUCAAAUAGUUUAAAAUCAAAUUAAUUGGGCUUUUUGUUGAAAGGAAUUCUGUCAUGAGCCUUAUUGCAGAGUAAAUUUUCUAUCAGAGUCCUUGCUGUCCAGCAGGGAUUUGUGUUGGGUCUGUCUGAGCCUUGGCCUUGACUAUCAUGGCAGUAGGAGCUCUCAUAAUGAGUCUCCAAUGGGCCAUGUGGGUAGCUUAGUUGAUAUUUGGGGGUUUGUGUAACUAUUUGGGGGAAAAAUAACUCAAACGUUGGCCUCUUUAUUGUGGUCAUUGGAAUUAAGAUGCUGUAUUUAUGAAGAUAAAUUUAAUAUAUAAGGGGGGAGGGUUUCAGCAUGUCAGACCCUCCAACCCCGCAUGGGGAUGAACUGCAGGUGUGAGUUCCAUGAGUUACUGUUAAGAGGCAGCAACUGCCCUUGCCCAAGUUUCAGUCUAGUUUUAUUUAUUUUUACAAAGUGGGGGGAGAUAUUUAUAUGAUAAGGCAGAGAAACAGAUGUUUUGAGCUUUAUCGUGUUUGAAGACGAAACACAAUGGCACCCUGGGAGCAGUCAGUGUAGACACACCGGUUCAAUCGUCUGGUUCUCCCACAUCUCCCAGGCAGACUGGUGCAGAGUGGGAGAGUCUAACCAUCUGGAAACAAAUGAUCCAGGUGAAGGACGUUGGUCAGAAACAACAGUUUGAUCAACUGAUUGAGGCCAGCCACCAGGGAAGCUUCCGGUGGAGUUAGGAUGUGGACAGACAACCUCUGCGUUCUCCAUAGAGUGAUUUUCUGUUGAAGGCGGAGUUGGACUGCAGCAUCUCUUUAGCUCCACCAUCUGUGAUCCUUGGAAUCUCUUGAUGGUUUACUUCAGAUUUAUGUUCUUGUGCCAACAGUAGAGCUUUGCCUCUGAAAAUGUAGAGCUUGUCCCUCAGGGUCCUGAUGUUGGAGCAGAGUCGUGGGCAGGACUGUUGUGUGUGACAGCUAAAUGCUCCUUGGUGAGGGCCCGGCUGCAGGACCAAGCAGCUCACCUUCCACAGAACACCAGCCUUUGGCCUCCCAUCUUGAAUUACCGCCGAUAUCCCUCUACAUAGACUGAUAAGCCAGGAAACUGAGGCAAGGGGUCUUGGCUGACUUCGGUUUUUACUGCUUAGACAAACCAUCAGAGCUUGACUCUUUUUUUUUUUUUUUUUUUUCUAGAAGCAAAACAAAACAGGAAGAACAUCUGGAGAGUUUGUGAAAGCUCCUUAAAUAAUCCCUAAGGUUUCCUUGGGUGUCUUGUAUUUUGUUUGUGUAUUUUAGUGUGUGCGAGUGUGUGUAAUGUUCAUGAUCCUUUUUAAUGGGGUGGGAGGUGGCUGGGGUAUUGGGAGUGGAGGAGGAUUGAAUUGUUUGUGUGGUUUUGUUCAAUAGAGAACUUUUUUCUUUUUUCUUUUUUUUUGCCUCCAUCAGCUGGUCUGAUGGGUUUCCGAAUUCCCAUUCUUAAAAGACAUUGGUCUUAAAUUCUAGAAUUUUAGAUUAGGACUGUUCUACUGUGAAGAAAGUUCUGGCUCUCUUAGCCCAGCCAUUGCCUCUCCCUGCUCAGGUCUGGAAUCCCAAGCAACAUUCUUCUGUUGUGAACGUUGUAAACUGCAGAGCCAGCAUUCCUUUCAAAAGUUGUCUCUUCAGCAACCUAGGGCUUCCUGGACCUCAUCCUUCCCCCUGCCUCCCUUCUAGUCUUCAGUCAAGACAUCUGACUUUCGCAUUGUCAGAGCUCUGCCUUCAGCCAUGGCACCUGUUCUCUGCCUCUGGCCAUCACACCCCACCUGGAUGCCGGACUGGAUCUUGGGAUCUGAGGUGGAAUCUUCUGGACAGACGAUCAUGACCUCAGCAGUGCUGGUGCUGCCGAGUGUGGGCUGAGAGACUACGCUUGCAGAGGACACGGCGCAUGGCCUUGCUGUGGGGUCCCUGGGCCGCUGCAGGGACUCUGGACAAUGAUAAAGCGCCAGCCUCCCAGCGCCCUACCCUAUCCGUCAUGCUGUGUCAUUUCCGGAAAGGGCAUGAAAAACUACUACUUGCCUUCUAGAGCUCUUUGUGAAAAAUUAAAAAAAAAAAAAAAUUGGCUCAA